GCACGGUCAGACGACAUCGAAGAUCGAGGUCACGACUUGUUGAAUCCUGGUGGGGGGCCGAUGACGGGGGGUGCAGGGACCAGCGGUGCGGGGGGGUCUGGGGGUGCCCAAUUCAACCCGGUGUCCGUGAAAGAGAUGGCGAAGUUGAGGCGAGGGAACAUUGUUUGGAACUACGUCACCACGGGCCAGUACGUCGGGGACCAGUCGAAGAUGCACGGGGACCGAAAGUUGCGUUGCAACUUAUGCGGCCACCUGUUUCAGGGGGGGUCGUCAAAGGCCGCGCGUCAUUUCACGCAGUCGAAGUUCUGCAAGGCUGGGGGGAUGAGAGUUCUCGCAGAACUCUGGACAGGCACAGACUACACAUUUGUGUCGUCCACUGCUCAGCGGGUGCAGAGGUGGAUGGCAGAAGAGGGCAUACGGGACACGAGAGCGCCCGUGGGUGGCCAGAGACAGCGGAUGGACGACGCAGAGAGGGACGACAUUCAGGACGCCCUCGAUGAGGAGGAGGGCCGCGAGGUGCCCGGCCGCGGCCGGGCACGGCCGAUCGAGGCCGAUCACGGCCGAGUGCGGCCGGGCAAGGCUGCCCGCCUCCGUGGCGCGCUGCUGGGUGGCCGGUCGGGGUGCUACUGUGCCGUGGGCUUGCGCGGCAUCAAGGGGACACGGCGGCAGGAGCGGCGGGGACGUCAGGGUUUGGCGACAUCGAGGGGACGCUACAUCGACGGUGCGGCACGGUCGGACGACAUCCAAGAUCGAGGCCACGACUUGUUGGAUCCUUGUCGGGGGGCGAUGACGGGGGGUGCAGGGAGCAGCGGUGCGGGGGGUUCUGGGGGUGCCCAAUUCAACCCGCUGUCGGAGAAGGAGAUGGCGAAGUUGAGGCGAGGGAACAUUAUUUGGAACUUCGUCACCGCGGGCCAGUACGUGGGGGACCAGUCCAAGAUGCACGGGGACCGAAAGUUGCGUUGCAACUUAUGCGGCCACCUGUUUCAGGGGGGGUCGUCGAAGGCCGCGCGUCAUUUCACGCAGUCGAAGUUCUGCAAGGCUAGGGGGAUGAGAGUUCUCGCGGAACUCUGGAACGACACGGACUACACAUUUGUGCCGUCUACUGCUCAGCGAGUGCAGAGGUGGAUGGCAGACGAGGGCAUACGGGACACGAGAGCGCCCGCGGGUGGCCAGAGACAGUGGAUGGAUGACGCAGAGAGGGACGACAUUCAGGACGCCCUCGAUGAGGAGGAGGGCCGCGAGGGUGGGGCCAGGGAGGGGGGGGUGGCAGACGAGGCAGACGAGGCAGUCAGAGAGCCUGAUCUGCCAAGGGAGGAGGUGGUGAUGACGUCGAGAGGCGUUGGUCGAGCGGGUCCCGCUCCUAGGGCGCCGCGACCUGAGUUGGACCGCGCGAGGAGGGAGAAGAGGACAGUGGGGCAGGCUGUUGUGGAGGUGCCAGACACGGGCAGGGAGAAGAGGGCUCGGCAGACCACGAUUGACGAGAUGUAUGCCAGGGAGAAGUUGGCCGAGUUCACAGACGCGUGGCUUCAGUGGAUCUACGUGAAGAAGUUGCCAUUCAACGCCUUUCGUGGUCCGGAGUUCCAGAGGGUGCGGCAAGCAGCAGAGAGAGUGCCUCGCUCUAUCCAGUUCCGGUUUCCCUCCUACAGGGUUACAGCGGGCGCCGGUAUCCCUUCGCAGAGGGCGAAGGUGGCGACGAUGGUGAGCGAGGUGCGCGCCACUUUCCGGCACAGCGGUGCCACUAUCCGUUCCGACGGGAGGAAGUCGCGCAGCGGCAAGCCGCUCGUGAACUUCCUCGUCGGGGGCGCCAAUGGCGCCCUGCUGUACGCCACCAUCGCACGUGACGGGUCGGUCCGAGACACAGCGGACGUCAUGUACCGUAGGUGGCGGGCCAUCAUCUUGUCCUUUCUUGCAAAGGACGUGAUCGGCUUCUGCAUAGACUCCGCCAGUAACUAUACGGCGGCAGCGCGCAGGUUCGCCGCAGACCCCGAGCCUGACAUCAGGAGGAUCACUUGGCUCCCCUGCUCCACCCAUGUCUGCAACUUGAUGUUGUCAGAUAUCGGGACGCGAGUGGUGUGGGUCAAGGAGACCAUCAUCCGCGCUCAAGCGCUUGUACGAUUUAUUAAAUCGCACGACGCUGCUCACACCCUGUUUAGGAAUGUGAGCCCUCGCGUGCAGCUCGUCGAGCCCGUUGAGACACGGUUUGCAUCGGUCUUCCUGAUGCUGAUGUGUCUCAAAGGUCGACGAGACGCAUUGGAGAGCAUAUUGCACGGGGAUGCUUGGGCACGCAUCCUGUGGGAUCGCGCCCACGUAUCUCAGGCGCAGUGGGUGCAGCAGCAGAUCCGGGACGGGGAGUUUUGGCAGCGUGUCCAGUACGCCAUCCUAGUCAUGUCGCCCGUCCACCAGCUGUUGCGCAGGAUGGAUAGAGGUGGGAUGAUGAUGUCCGUUGUUUACGAGUGGAGUCAGCAUCUGCUGCACUUGAUGAGGAGGGUGGACGUGCCGGAGGACAUGAUCGAGUCGUGCGUGCGUGAGGUUGCCAUCCACAACCUCCACAUGCUAGAGCCCGCACAUGCCGCGGCCCACCUCCUCAACCCUCGUCGACGGUCCCUCACGUAUUACCAUUCGCUGCAGACGACCGCCGCCGACUGUUGUGUGGUCGAGGAGUGCAACAGAUUUCUCCUGGCGCAGACCGGCGGCGAUCCGGUCGGCUUAUUGUACAGGAGCGUGAGGGACCAGAUGAGGGCGUUCCACUCCAGGCGAGGGGAUUGGGGAGAUCGUGACCUCUUCGAUGCCGAGGCGGCCGAUUGCAGGGGGGACAGCGAGACCGAGCGAUGUGCAGCGUGGUGGUUUGAGCAUGGACGUGCCCACCCGGAGUUGCGCACCAUCGCCAUCCGUGUCAUGCACUUUUGGACAUCUGCCUCUCCAGCGGAGAGGAACUGGGCGGAGCACGAGCGCGUCAGCACGGCGAGGCGCUGCAAGCUUGGGUUCGCCAAGCUUGCACAGCUGGUUGAGAUUGCCACCAAUCUCAAACUGGCCUCGUGCGCACGGCAGGGUGGUGGCUACGUGUUGCCAUGGGUUAUGGGGACCACCCGUUCGGUUCGGGACGUGUUCGGCAGCAGAGCGACGGAGCUGCGACCGUGGCUGGAGGGUGGGGAUGAUGUGGACGCUGCUGCGGCAGACGACGACAUCGACGACGACUGGACUGACGAUGAUGACACGCCGCUGAGUCGCGACCCGACGGCUGAGAGAGUGUACUUCACUUAUGGUGGGGGUCGUGACGGCAUGGAUUCAUUCACAUCAGUUAUCACUGGUGAUGUGCCGUCGACCUCGCAGGCGAGUGGCAGCAGCAGAGCCGGCGGUGGUGGUGGAGGAUGUUUGCAUUCGGAGGUUCGCGUGAACGACUCGGGGGAGCAGCAGCCACGGGGAGGUCUUCGGCAUACAGGCAGGCGUUGGGAGGUUAGGAGCGACAGCGAGGCCGAGGGGGAGGCCGAGGAUGAGGAGGUGCCUCUUCACGAUCGUCGCUUCUCUCCCUCCCAUCAUCCGAUCUUUGCACAGCCCGAGGCACUUAGGCAUUCGGAGAGGUUGGUGUCGGCAGCAGGCAGAGACCGGACACAUGACGGCGAGAUUCGUGGGGGGGAGAGGACUCCUUCCGACGCCGGUAUCCGCCCCCGCUCGCCGUCGGUGCUCCGCAGACAGGACUUCGACAUCGUAGGGCUUGGCGGGAGCUUGGGAGAUUUCAGUGUCGAGGGACGUCGACGUGCCUCACCGGAGGAGGUGCGCACAGACGCGGACGUUGAGCGGGGCCCUAUUGAGACUGAGGAGGAGAAGGAUGCCCGUUUGGACCAAGAGGAGGAGGAGCGGCUGAGGAGUUUGCCACAAUGGGAGGGUCGGUUCGCGUUUCUCGACGAGCAGAGUCGGCAGAGGGACUUGGAGACAGGAGGGGGGGGGAGCCGUGACGUCGACGACUUGGGUGUCCCUGAGGAGGCGGUUCAGGGGGAGUUCGAUUAUGAGGGGCAGGAUGCCGCCGCGGGAAGUGGGUCAGAUGGUGGACGACGCGGCGACGAGGAGACCGCGGGUGUCCCUGAGGGGCAGGAUGUUGUCAUGGGCGGUGGGUCCCCUAGUGUCCCUGAGGGGCAGGAUGUUGUCAUGGGCCGUGGUGACAGCGAGACCGCGGGUGAUGAGGGACAGGGUGCCGCAGUGUGCGGCAGAGGAGAGGGUGGACCCGGUGGAGAUGGGGAUACCGCGGGUGUCGGUGGAGACGAUGGACCGCACGGCGACGAUGACGACGACCACGGUCCCGAGGACGAUCCGUAUAGGCUCGCCUUGGUGUUGAGGGACCCCACAGUGCCUCCCUUGUGCCCUGACGACACAGCGCACACUUUCUUCGGUGUCGACGCUUUGGCGCAUGCAUUGACGGAUGACCCUUUCGCACACGUGAGCCGCAAGAGCGGCAAGCAGCGGGCCCCUGGGAGGGUAUAUUCACCGCCGCCGUUCACAGUGCAGAGCCCUCACUGGUCGCGUUCGUCGCUCAGCGGCGUUAGAGGGAGGGAGUCCGAUGCGGGUGAGGUGCGGUCCGGCAGACCCAGCGACGGCGGCAGAGAUAGUGCAGGAUCGAUGCCUCCACCGCCCGCACGGACUCCAGAGGUCAGGGUCGACACCGGGGACCGGACGGUGGCACCCGAAGUUGCGCACAGUGGCGGUUCCCCGCCACCAGUCCGAGGAGGUGUGGGUGGCGGAUGGUCAACUGUUCGUCGGGUCGAGGACCGGUUGUGGGCGGAUUACGACGCCGGGAGGGGCGUCUUCACGGGACGUACGCCUGUUCAGACGCAGGCUGCGGAGGGUGGGUCCGUACGUCCGAGCCUACAGAUGGCAGGCCGCAUGCUUGGUUUGUCACGAGCGGAGACAAGGAGAUCAUUGGUCCUCGAGGCCCCAGGGACAUCCACGGACAGGCUGCGGGAAGAGCAGUUCACAUCGGGCGAUGAGGGGUCGUUGAUGCGUCCCGGGACGAGACGACAGCAUGGCCUCUCGGAGGUUGAGGCUCGACUCGCUGCAGGGGUCGCCGUUGGGCAGGCAGCAUUGGACGCGAUUCAGAGGGAGAGAGAGAGGGGGAUUGCUGCACAGGCGGAGGAGGACGAGGACGCAGACACUGAGUCAGAGCCGAUCGAGACUGUGGCCCGCAGACACAGGGCACACGUGGCCGCGGCGGCCGCUGCAGCACAUGCGGCAUACGUCAGCGGGGCACGGGGCACAGGUGCCGGAGGGAGAGGAGGGCGCCGGGGAGGACCGCAUGGCCGUCCGUCCUCCGGGAGAGGCCGCGCGCGCUCUGGUGGGAGAUGACGACGUCCGUGGUGUUUUUUUUUUUUUUUUUUCAUUAGUUUUUUUUUUGUUUUUCGCGUGGCUGUACAGCAUG